GCGACACGAGUUCAUUUUUUGAGCGACCGUGGAGUUGUCUUGUGCUUUUUGUCAUUUUUUUUCGGUGAAGCUGUGACACUGGACACUGGGUACUGUGAGGACAGACACUGCACGGAGAGCUAAGGCUGGAUAUGCCACAGGUGGAAAGGUGGGGAGCGGCAGGCUGUGGCCCGGUGCGAGGAGCAGAGAUCCGCAGGUCGUGAAGAUGUGGAGCUGGGUUUUCACUGUGACGGUCCUGCUGUCCUCCAUGAAACAGGCUGAGGCUCAGGGCAGGUGUAAUAAUGUGCAAGCAGCAGAUAUUGUUUUCCUGGUUGAUGGGUCUUCCAGCAUUGGCCGAAUUAACUUCCUGCAGGUGAAGGGCUUCAUGGCUGGAAUCGUCAAACCAUUUGCCAGCUCUGUCAGUGAGUCAGGGAUACGGUUUGGGGCCGUACAGUACAGCGACACCUCCAGGGUUGAAUUCACCUUUACUACCUACCUAAAUGGCACCGAGCUGGUCAGUGCCGUACAAAAUCUAAACUACAAAGGUGGAAACACACGCACUGGUGCUGGUCUCAAGUUUGUCUCUGAUAACUUCUUCAACGCAGCGAGCAGUCGGGAUGUCCCGAAGAUCGCUGUCCUCAUCACAGAUGGAAAGUCACAGGACAGUGUGCAAGAACCAGCACAGAAGCUGCGCAGUCAAGGAGUGCACGUUUUUGCAGUAGGCAUAAAGAGUGCAGACAGGAAUGAACUGGCUCAGAUCUCCUCUCAGCCCAGCAGUGAUUUCACUUCCUUUGUUGGGGACUUCAAACUGCUCAACACACUUCUUCCUCUUGUGAGCCCCCAAGUGUGUUCCAAAGCAGGAGGAGUCUAUGCGAGUGAUGAGGCAUUUUCUGGUCCAUCCAACAUUCAGUUUACAGGGCAGACGUCCGAUUCGCUCAGGUUUCGCUGGAGUGCUGCAGGGGGGCCUGUGAGUGGCUAUUUAGUCCAGUAUGUGCCCCUCUCCGGCCUGGGUCAGCCUAUCACGGCAGAAUUGCGUCAGGAGACCGUCUCUGCUAGUCAGAGGACCUUCACUGCGCGAGAGCUGAGGUCAGGGACAGACUACCUGGUGACUGUUAUCGCCCAGUACCCAAACAGUGUGGGAGAGUCUGCUUCUGCCAAGCAACGAACCAGGUCCUUGCCAGGUGUCUCCAGUCUACGGUUGGUCCAAGCAGGCUUCUUCUCUCUGACUGUGGGCUGGGAUCAGCCUUCAUCUCCCGUCCAGGGCUACAGACUCACCUAUGGACUGCGAGGUCAGCCAGCGGCUCAGCUACUGGAGCAGUCUCUGUCUGCAGACUCCACAUCUGUCACCUUGGAGUCACUUCAGCCUGACACAGAGUAUGUCAUUAGUCUCUAUCCCCUGUUCCCCAGAAACUCUGCAUCUCCAUCCAUCCUCAAUGCCCGCACAUUGCGCCUUGAGGCAGUGAAGCAGUUAUCAGUGGAGACGGAGUCAGAGGGCAGUGUUCUUUUGCGGUGGAGAGGCGUCAGUGGUGCUCAGGCCUACCGUCUGGUCUGGGGACCUUUUACAGGUCGAAAUGUUGAGACUGUGGAGGUUGCUGGUAACAGUGAGUCUUACACUUUGACCAGACUGCAGGCUGACACUGAGUACAUCGUCACUAUCAUCCCGCUGUAUGAGGGCAACACUGAGGGACCCGUAGCCACUGCCAGGUUCAAGAUUGAGCGUCAGGAGCAGCAGAUCCUCAGAGCCACUAUCACCAGUUCCUCCUCUAUCCGCCUCAACUGGCGAUUCAUUCAGUCCUCUCAAGGGUAUCGUCUGGAGUGGCGGGAGGGGGAAGGGGGCCGUGUCCAGAGCCUGGCCUUUCCUAGGAGCACUACUACUUAUGAGUUAACUGGCCUCCAGCCCAAUACAGAAUAUAUUGUGACCCUGUAUACCCUGUUUGAGGGUCGUGAGGAAGCCACACCUGUCUCCACCACAUCCAGAGUGGAACAGCCAGUGGGGAGGGUGUCCAACCUCAGAGUUGUGGAGUCUCUGGGCAGUACUGUCAGACUUGGCUGGACAGGUGUAGCCGGGGCCACACAGUACCGCAUCAUUAUCCUGAAUGCAGAAGAGGGAACAGAGGAAAUCCAGACUAUCCCUGGGAACCAAACGACCCUUGAUCUCAGAGACCUGACAGUGGGCGUGUCUUAUGGUGUCAGUGUCACAGCACUGGUGGGAGAAAAUGAAGGAGACCCAGUCACUGUCUCCAUAAAACCAGAGCAAGGUGCUGGCAGAGUGACUAACCUAAGAGUUACAAACGCAAACAGCCGAAGAAUUCGAAUUGCCUGGACAGGUGUUGCUGGGGCAACAGGGUACAGGGUUACUUGGAGACAGGGCAGCAGUGGGGAGCGAUCCCGUCUUCUGGGGGCGGAGGCCACGGCCUUCACUAUAGAAGGCUUGCAACCAGAUGAGGCGCUGGUUAUUGGUGUUGCAGCUGUUGCUGAUCAACGCGUUGGAGAGGUGGUCACACUGUCUGCUCGGACUAAUCCCCAUAGUGGAUCGGUGUCUGGACUUCGCAUCAUUGAUGUCACAUCUAAGAGGAUACGCAUUGCAUGGUCAGCAUCCUCUAGAGCAACUGGCUAUAAGAUCACUUGGCGCCGUAAUGAUGGAGUUGAAACAACUCGUAACGUGGCAGCUGAUGUCACUUCCUUCACCAUUGAUGGACUACAGUCAGAUUCGUCCUACAAUGUGCUAGUUUCUGCUCUCAGUGGCUCUCGAGAGGGAAGCCCUUCUACCUUGAAUGUCCGAACAGAAUCAGAUCAGUCAGUGGUUGGGACUGUGACGUCACUUCAGGUCCAAGAGACCCCUGGAAGGGUUGUCCGGGUCACUUGGGUUGGUGUGCAGGGAGCGACGGCUUAUCGUGUUUCUUGGAGGAGAACAGAUGGUGGUGAAGAGAGGACCGAGCUGGUUGGAGGAGAUGUGACGGCUGUGGAUUUAGACCAGCUGGACCCUGGUGUUCAGUACGAGGUGCAGGUCAUAGCUUUAGUUCAAAACAGAGAGGGAACCCCUGUGUCCGUCAGAGUCACCACACCCGGUGUCUAUACCCCCCCUGCCACAACUUUACGAGUGGCAGAGGUUACCCAGAGUUCUGUGCGGCUAGACUGGAUUCCAGUACCAGGAGCCACAGGAUACAUUCUGCGCUGGAGAGAGCAGACAGAUAUUGGUCAAGGUGUGUCUGUUUCGCUGCCUGCUACAUCCAGCUCUUACCAGGUGACUGGGCUGCGUUUGGGCCGUCUAUAUCGUUUUAGUGUGCAGCCCACCUUUGAAAAUCGAUUGGGAAGAGAGGCAUCUGUAGAGGAACGCACAGUGUGUGUGGGCGGGCGUCUGGAUGUGGUGUUUCUGGUGCCGGCAUCUACAGACCGGAUUACCCUUGCAAGACCUCUGCGCGACCUCCUCACAAGCGCAGCGGGGUCACUCAGCACCAUUGGAGCCCUCGACUCACAGGUGGGAGUUGUUGUAUACAGUUACAGACCCAAAAUAUGGUUCUUGCUCAAUCGCCAUGGCAGAUUUGACACACUGCUUCAAGAGAUCCAGACCACACCCUUUGACGAGAGCCCAGGGAAUAACAUUGGCGAGGCGGUGUCCUUCACCAGACAGUACGUUCUGACCCCCUCAGCUGGACGGAGACCAGCUGUCCCUGGCGCUGUUGUCAUCAUCGCUGACAAAAAGUCAGCUGACAACCUCACUCUUGCAGCCAACAAUCUCAGAGCUACAGGUGUCACAGUAUUAGCAGUAGGUAUCGACCAGGCGGACACUGAGGAGCUGCGUCGCGCUGUGACGGACGGCAGCACCCAGAACAUCCUGUAUACCCGUGAUGCAGCACAGCUGGACACACUACAUAGUGAUCUGGCAGAUUUGCUCUGUGGAAUUGCCCGAAUACCAGGGCCAGCUCCCGGUCCAGAUCAGUGUACCAUUCAGUGCCCCCGGGGUGAGAAGGGAGAUCGUGGAGAGAAGGGUGAGAGAGGUAGAGAUGGUGCAGAUGGACGCAAAGGAGAGCCGGGUCGUGAUGGUUUGCCUGGAAGGGAUGGCCUCAGAGGCCCUGAAGGACGCCCAGGUACACCAGGCCAAAAUGUCCCUUUUGACCCCUCGCUGGUGAUGAAGGGAGAAAAGGGAGAGAGGGGUUUUCCUGGUAUUGAUGGAAAUCCGGGGUUGCCAGGACGACCAGGUGCCCCUGGAAAUGCAGGAGUGCCGGGUUCACAGGGCCUACCUGGUAUCAGAGGAAACCCAGGUGAACCAGGUACUACAGGGCCACCAGGACCAAAGGGCGAUAAAGGUGAAAGGGGUGAACCAGGCUCUGGAGGGGGUCUUCCAGGGAGGAAAGGAGAGCCAGGCAUCCCAGGAAUACCGGGCACUCCAGGUCGGCCAGGUAGCGACGGGGCCAAAGGGGCCCCUGGAGUUCUUGGGUCACCAGGUCAGGAUGGCCGCCCAGGGAUACCAGGAACACCAGGACUCUCCAUCAAGGGAGACAAGGGCAGCCCAGGAGAGAGGGGACCUCCAGGAGUAGGCAGUGGGGUGGCUGUGAAGGGCGAGAAGGGCUCCCCAGGUACUCCAGGACCUCCAGGGGCUCAAGGUCCUAGAGGGCCAACAGGACCACAGGGCAGCAAAGGAGACAAGGGCGACGGUGCUGAUGGGCUACCCGGACCUCCAGGCAGGCAAGGAGAGCCUGGGGACAGGGGUCCCCGUGGACCUCCAGGAGAGAUUGGCAGUAAGGGUGACCGAGGACCAUCAGGUGAGCCUGGAUCACAGGGAGACAGGGGUGAGAGAGGACCGACUGGGGAAACCGGGGAGAGAGGGGACCCAGGAAAGCCAGGCGGCCCAGGACUACAAGGGUUGAGAGGUUUACCGGGGCCCAGUGGACCGCCAGGAGAAAAGGGAAACGAGGGAGCACGAGGAGAACCUGGCAAAAGUAUUCCAGGUUUGCAAGGAAAGAAAGGUGAACGGGGGGAGCAGGGUCUGCCUGGUCCCGAGGGGCAGAGGGGAGAAAAAGGAGAGCCUGGACUAAGAGGAGAGAAGGGGUCUCCAGGGUCAGGAGGGUCAGGUGUCAUCGGACCUAAAGGAGAGCCGGGAGAGCGAGGACUCACUGGUAUCAGUGGAAAGCCGGGUGCCAAGGGAGACCCUGGUGAACCAGGAGAGAGGGGGGAGAAUGGCCGCCCAGGAAUCCCAGGAAAGCCCGGUCUUCCUGGGAAAGAGGCAGAAAGAGGAGAGAAGGGAGAUGAAGGCACCUCUGGGGAGCCUGGACUUCCAGGAAAGCCAGGAGAAAGAGGACUGAGGGGACUGACUGGUCAGCCCGGACGACCAGGCGAGAAAGGAGACAUGGGAGACCCUGGAGAGCAUGGACGAAAUGGCAGCCCUGGACCUGCGGGACUGCGAGGAGAGAAAGGAGAACAGGGACCUCAAGGCCCACCAGGACCACCAGGAAAAGUGACUGACGUCCAGGGCCAGCUGAAAGGAGAGAGGGGAGAGAAGGGCGACGCCGGCGACCCAGGAGAGCAUGGCAGCAAAGGUCAGAAAGGCGAAGCAGGGACUCCCGGAGCCCCAGGCCUGCGAGGUCCAGAGGGACAGCGGGGGCCUGCAGGCACAAGAGGUGACACAGGAGAAAGAGGAGCACCUGGAGAGAAGGGAGAAAGGGGUGCAUCCGGCUUAGAUGGACGUCCAGGUCUGGAUGGUAAACCAGGUGCUCCUGGACCACUUGGGCAGAGGGGUGAUCCUGGAAAACAGGGGGAUUCUGGGAGAGAUGGUUUACCGGGACUUAGAGGGGAACAGGGCCCACCAGGGCCUGUUGGACCUCCAGGCACCCCAGGGACACCUGGUAAAGCAGGCGAAGAUGGCAAACCUGGGCCUCCUGGCAAAAUGGGUGAGGAUGGAGUGCCAGGUGAAGAUGGGAGAAAGGGUGACAAAGGAGAAGCUGGAGCGGCUGGAAGAGAUGGCCGUGAUGGGCAGAAAGGAGACCAGGGCCCGUCUGGGCCUGUUGGUCCCUCUGGUCCUCCGGGAACUCCUGGCAGCAUUGGUCCUCCUGGGCAGGUUGUGUAUGUAAAAGGAGCUGAAGCAACCCCAAUCCCAGGCCCACAGGGGCCACCAGGAACCCCUGGCGUCCCUGGGAUCCCAGGAACUGUUGGAGCCAGAGGAGAAAGAGGUCUUCCUGGCCUUAAAGGUGAAGCUGGAGACCCAGGAGAGGACGGGGCGCCAGGCAAACCUGGGACAGCGGUGGAUGUACAGAAGGCUCUAGGCAUCCUUGGUAUUCAGUUGUCUGAUCUGAAGGUGGUUGUAGACAAGAAGGACAAACUCCUGGCUCCUCCACCGCUGAAGGCAGAAAAAGGUGAAAAAGGAGACAAGGGGGAGCCAGGACAAAGGGGACCAUCUGGUGUGGAUGGUGCUCGUGGUUUUCCGGGUGAGAGGGGAGCCAAAGGUGACCAAGGGGAGCGAGGACCCAUGGGAGCAACGGGGGCUCCUGGCAGAGCCAUUGGAGAACGAGGGCCGGAGGGGCCCCCAGGGCCUGCUGGAGAGCCAGGCAAGCCAGGAAUACCAGGUGUUCCUGGGCGAGCUGGGGAACUGGGGGAGGUUGGAAGACCUGGAGAUAAGGGGGAGAGGGGAGAGAGAGGUGACAAAGGAGAUCCUGGAAAAACUGGGCUAACAGGGCCAGCAGGCCCCCCGGGUCAAAAGGGAGCAUCUGCUGAUUCAGUACUGAUUGGUACGCCUGGUGCCAGAGGUCCUCCAGGGCUUGCAGGACAAAAGGGAGAACCUGGUGCAGUGGGACCAGCAGGACCCAAAGGAGACCGGGGUUUUGUGGGACCUCGAGGUGAUAAAGGAGACAGAGGAGAGUCUGGAGAAAAAGGACGUGAUGGCUCGUCGGGAAUACCAGGAGAACCAGGAAAACCUGGUCAGGAUGGGAAACCGGGCCCAAUAGGGCCUGCUGGUCCUCGAGGGCAACCAGGAAACCCAGGAGAACCUGGAAUGAGGGGGCCAACUGGCCCCAUGGGUCCCAAUGGGCUUCCAGGUCCACCGGGUGUGAAGGGUAAUCAAGGAGAACCAGGUGUUGGUGUCCAGGGUCCUCCUGGUGCCCAGGGGAGCACAGGUCUGCCAGGACCACCAGGUCCUCCAGGAGCUGUUGGUCCACAGGGCCCUCCAGGACUGCCAGGGCAGGUGGGUGAAGCAGGUAAACCCGGAGUUCCUGGAAGGGACGGGGUGCCUGGCAAAGAAGGAAUACCUGGAUUACCAGGAAAGCAGGGCAUCGCUGGACCUUCAGGCCAGACCGGCUUAAAGGGAGAGCAGGGAGACAGCGGUCCUCCUGGAAAGGCAGUGGCUGGACCCCCUGGACCCAAAGGAGAGCCGGGUCGUCCUGGUCAAACACUGCCAGGCACGCCUGGAGACAGAGGUCUGUCAGGGGAAAAGGGUGACAGAGGGGACAAAGGUGGUGCUGGCAUCAGAGGGGAAAGAGGAGUGGCUGGUGAACCAGGAGAGCCUGGAGAAGACGGGGCACAGGGAUCCCCUGGGCCGAAAGGAGAUAAGGGAGAGAGGGGCAUAGGACUGGCAGGUCCUCCAGGUCGGAUCGGACCUCAAGGUUUAAAAGGAGAUCCAGGCCUUCCUGGUCCAGCUGGUCCUCCAGGGCCACAGGGGAAGGCUGGUGAUGCUGGGCAGCCUGGCCAGAGAGGAGAACCUGGACAACCAGGACCUGCAGGACCACAGGGGGAAAGGGGUUUCCAAGGUUUUGCAGGCCGCGCUGGAAAUGUUGGAGCUCCUGGUCCACCUGGACCUUCCGGACAGGCAGGUGCUCCUGGCACCAAUGGGGUCAAAGGGGACAAGGGGGAUGUUGGCGUUGGUGUCCCUGGUCCCAGAGGAGAUAGAGGAGAUCCAGGGUCCCGAGGCGAGAAGGGUCUUGCUGGCUUGGAUGGGGAGAGAGGGCCAACAGGUCCCCCAGGGAUUCGAGGGGUUCGGGGAGAGAAGGGAGAUGUCGGACUGCAAGGUGACAAAGGAGAGAAGGGGGACACUGUGCUGGUGGGAGGACCUCCUGGAGAAAAGGGCAACAAAGGAGAAACAGGAGACAGAGGGCCCAAGGGUGUGCAGGGAGAAAAAGGGGUGAAGGGUCAAGAGGGACCUCCAGGGGAGCAGGGUCUGAGGGGAGAGCCAGGAGAAAGAGGAUCCACUGGAUUCCCGGGCGCCCGUGGCCCUGGUGGACAGAAGGGGGAAGCCGGCCAACCUGGGGUACCUGGUGAAUCGGGUUUGCCGGGAAAAGAUGGACUGUCAGGGCGUAAGGGGGAGAAGGGAGAGAUUGGUAUCAUAGGAAUGAGAGGAAUCAAGGGUGACCGAGGACCAAAGGGGAUUUGUGGAGCCGAUGGACCCAAAGGAGAAAAGGGGGAUGCUGGUAUUCAUGGACGAUCGGGCCUACCAGGGAGAAAAGGUGAACAGGGGGAUGUUGGACCUCCUGGAGCCCCUGGGACCCCCGGAAAAGAGGGGUUAGUUGGUCCCAAGGGUGACCGUGGUUUUGACGGGGUUGCAGGACCCAAAGGAGCUCAGGGAGAGAAAGGUGAAAGGGGUCCGCCUGGAAUACCUGGCCCUCCUGGUCCCAGAGGAGCGGAUGGGGCCCCUGGUCUGACUGGUACUCAGGGACCGGCUGGUGCUAAAGGCCCUGAGGGGCUCCAGGGACAGAAGGGAGAGAGAGGCCCAAUUGGUCCCGCCAUGGUUGGUCCACGUGGUAUCCCAGGUAUCCCAGGAGAGAGAGGAGAGCCGGGAGAUAUGGGCCCAGAUGGAGCCAAGGGAGACAGAGGAGAGCCAGGCAUGACGGAGGAUGAGAUCAGAGAUUACGUUCGCUCUGAGAUGAGUCAGCACUGUGCGUGUGGAGGUUCAGGCCCGGACAUUCGGUCCCAGCCCACGGUCAGGGCUCGGCCUGCACUAGAGCAACAACAGGUCCUGAAGGGUGAGGAGGGCCGUGAGCUGCGUGUGGUGGUGAACACCAACGACCCGGAGUAUGAGCACAUUUACUCCAUCGAGGCCUACGACGACCCCAUGGAUGAACUGCUUUACUUCACUCCUUCAGUCAAUCAGAGUGACGGUGAGGCUGUCAAAAAGGAAUCAGAGAAAACAGUCAGAGUUGAACCAAACAAAUCAGCCAGUGCUGACGUUCAGAAAAAAGCAACAGUUGAUGGUCAGAAAGCAGUCAAAGUCACACCUGUGAAAGCAGUCAAUUCCAGAACAGUCAGGUCCAAGAGGACAAUCAAAGGGGAAGCCCCAGCAGACCUGUGCCAGCUACCCAUGGAGGAGGGGAGCUGUGGACGAUACACUCUGCGCUGGUACUUUAACAGUCAGGCUCAGGCUUGCAGGCCCUUCAUCUACAGCGGCUGUGAAGGAAACGACAACCGCUUCCUCCAGCUGGAGGAGUGCGAGGAGGUCUGCCUUGGGGAGGCCAAAGGUCCUCGUCCGUUGAAGACAGCACGAUGAUUGUGGCCCAUUCUUCCUUAGCCACAGGAAUGUUAGCCUUAAUAUAGCUUUUAUAGAUCAUUAUUGUGUCAAAUGUCAAGAUUUGUUUAUUUAUUGUUCUUUAAACCCAACCAAACUUCACCCCGGGUUGAGAGGGGAUACCAGAGUGCCUCCUUAGUUUAUGUCCUCAAAACAAUGCAAAAUAAUCUAAAGACAAUCGAGGCCUGUUUCUACCCCUGUGCUUCAUGUUGCCUUAAAACAAUCACUAAUAGUGAUGAUCAGACCUCUGUUAAAGCUGGCACAAAAUGCUAAUGAGAAUUCAGCUUACUAUGACUCAGUUGUGUAGCUGUCAUGAUUUUCAGUGGCUGUUGUCUGAAUUGUAAGGUGUCAGAGAAGAAUGAGAAGUUCAGGACAUUUUGUUAAGAGAAAGAACAAACUACAACCUUUAUGAACUUACCAAACUGGUAGUUGCUACAAGGAUGUUGUGUUAUGAGGUGUUUUUACUAUUUUUGCUCACUCCUUGUAGUAAAAUGUGCUGAGGUGUAGGUUUUGUAAGUAUUUUCCCCAUUUGAAAUGGGAAGUUUUCUUCUAAUGAUAAUCUUACUGUAAUGUUCCUCAACAAAAGAAACAAAAUUUUAGCUUAGUAUUUCAACUUUCUCAGAAACCAUGUCAUUUCAGUAAGUCUGGUUAGCAAAUGGCUCUAAAAACUAAAAGUAUUUAGUUGCAACUGCUGGGGCCAUUCCUGUGGAGAAGACAAAAAAAAAAAAAAGUGCACCAUAAAUGAUGAAUUCAUCCGGAA